AUGGGUGAAUCCGUGAACAAGGAUGCAUCAAGUGAGCAUAUCAAUGUCAAAGUUCAAGGGCAGGAAGGGUCAAUCAUCCACUUCAAGAUAAAGAAAAAUACCCCCUUACGGAAGUUGAUGAUGGCUUAUUGCGAUCGACUGGGUUUAAAACAACCUACUGUACGAUUUAUUUUUGACGGAAAUAAUAUUCAUGAUACUGACACUCCUGCUUCGUUGGACAUGGGAGAGGAUGACACUAUUGAAGUUUUUCAGACACAAACCGGUGGCCUUUAA